AUGGCGCAUCCUAACUCGCGUCCUAUAUCCCUCAAUGCAGAUUCCUCCAUGUUGUCAUACCCUUCGUCGUCAUCGCCAGAACCAGUACCGGCUUCGGCGUCAACAUCGGUAUCGCGCACUGCUUCAACCACGGCAGUGUCUUUCCUGGCCAAAUACACCAACGUAUCCACUCCGCACUCGCCCACGGACGAAUGUCCCAUCUGCCUGGACGCCUACACGGCCGAGCCUUGCUUGCGAAUCACAGGCAUCGCGGGAUGCAGCCACCACAUCGGGGGUACGUGUUUGCGAGCCAUGCUGGAGAACCGACCGAGGGACGAGAAGCGGUGUCCGCUGUGUCGCACCGUCUGGAUACCCGAAGCUCCGCCUGGGAUUCGGUCGCGGCCCCCAAGUCACGAGGGCGCAGUACGGACAGACAGCACGGUCCGAGGACCCAACAACAUGGGCAGAGACGUCGGCAGCGGUCAAAGACGCCUUGUCAACGCUCCUCCAGUAGCAAGAGAGUUUGCACCACGAGGCACGCGGCCAUUCUUUGCGUUUAACCCGCGGCAGGCAGUGCACCAAGGCAUGCUGCGGCACUACGAAGCCCAAGGGCAGGGCCGCCAUCAGCCCAUUGUUAUCGACUCGGCGUCGGAAGCAGAAGACGAGGCAGACGACUACGCGACUCAAGUGCACAACUUCACCAGCCUAACGCGCGACAUCGCCGAAAUCCGGCGCCGGGCAGGAACCAUUCCACAUCGCAUGGGCAGCACAGGGCCCAGACGCCAGACGCGAGCAGCAGCCAUCCCAGAAGAAGAUGGAGAGGAAGAAGGUCCUACGACAAUCAACCCUGGGGGUAAUGGUAGGGGGAGCAGGGGUGGUAGUGGCGCAAACGGCAAUCCCGCUAAUCAUCGUCAUACACGGAGUGGAGGCAACUUUCCCGGUCUCAAUACCCCAAGUGGCGCCAGUGCCAGUGUCUUUACUCGUCUAAUGUUGCCUCCGGCGCGGAAUACUCUUCUUCGCACGCCGGUAAACGCGACUGCGCCUCCGCCAGCAGCAGCAGCAGCAGCAGCGACAAGCGAUGGUUUGAACGGCGGCGCCGCGCGUAUGCAGCACGGCUUUGCGCUUGGCCAGGAAGACGGUGUGGAAGAGAGAAGGGAUAAUACGCAAGACGCCAUUGCAUCAUUUGCGCUACCCGACUAUCUGCGCACGCCCUCGAUCGACGGCGACAUGGUCAUGGGUGGUGAUGAUGCGUAUACUCCUCCGCAGCGGUCCCCGCCUCGCCUCGCCAAUCAGUCGGACCUCGAUGCUCGCAGCCGGUUUCUGGAUCAUCGAGAACAGGCGCUGCAUGUGCGGCAUAUGGAGCUGGUGCGGCGCGAGGCUGCGCUGAGGGAGAAGGAGAGGAGUCUGGAGGAAAAUGUCGAGGCGGUGAGGAGGGAGAAGCUGAGUUUGAGGGGGCUGCUGAGGAGGCAGAGAGACGAGUUGGAUCGGAUGUUGCGGUAG